CGUCCUCGUAUAUCUGAGCGCGCUCGAAUCCUAAUAAAUCGGAGAUGUCUGAAACUUUGGUGCACGGCGACGGUGUUGAAAACCCGAGAUUGACAUGGGACGGUUGCAGCGUCCUGCUCGACAUCAACGACGGCGACCGCUUGGUUUUCUCGCGGCUAUCCGCCGGAGCCAAAUUGAAAAUUGGGAAUAAAAACUGUUCCCUGCAGCCAUUGAUUGGCUGCCCCUUCGGUUCGUUUUUUCGAGUCGAAAACGGCGCUGAUGGGCCUUAUUUGUCCAGAUACACUCCCUCCAAUGAAGGGAAUAGUGUUAAAGAACAAGGAGAUUGCCAAUCGAAAGACGAGUUGAGAGACAAUCGAGCAUUGGUUGAUAACAAUAAAGCGCAAAGCCUAACGGGGGACGCCAUCGAUGAGAUGAGACGACAAGGCGCAACUGGUGAUGAAAUAGUUGAAGCACUCAUUGCCAACAGUGCGACAUUUGAGAAGAAGACAGUGUUCUCACAGGAGAAAUAUAGGCUUAAGAAGCAAAAAAAGUAUGCUCCAAUUGUACUACUUAGGAGGCCUUUUACUAGAAGUAUAUGUGAGGCGUACUUGAAGAAAUAUCCAGUUAGAAUUGGAUUCUUGCGGAUGGAUACAUUAUGUCUGCUGCUUUCCAUGGCUAAUGUUUCUGCUAAUUCCGAUGUCCUUGUAGUCGACAUGGUUGGAGGGCUUCUUACUGGUGGUGUGGCAGAGCGUUUAGGAGGUACAGGUUAUGUCUGCAAUACAUAUCUUGGGGGCUCACCUUAUCCUAUGGAUAUAGCAAGGAUAUAUAACUUUGGAGAAGAAAUUUGCAAGAGGAUUGUAAGGUCUCCUUUCACUGAUCUUUUUUCCUCCACCCAAACUGAAAAUCCAAAACUCUCAAGUGAAAAUGGGGACUCUUGUAGCAUGGAAAUUGAAUCACAUGAACAAGUAUCUUCAAUGGUUGGCAAGGAAGAAGUUUCUCUUGCCCCUGAUAAAAUUAAAUCAGAACUUAUUUCUGACACUACCAGUUUUGUAGAAAGAAAACUGAGCAAGUCUGCUAAACUAGGAGAAAAGGCACCACAUGAAAUCAUCAGCUUGUGGAAAGAGAAUGGCUUCUCUAGUUUAAUUAUAGCAGCACCAGAGCUGGAUACGUGGGGUUUAGUUAAAGAGAUAUUGCCACUCCUGACAAAUUCUGCUCCUUUUGCCAUUUAUCACCAGUAUCUUCAGCCGCUCGCAACAUGCAUGCACAAUCUACAAGUGGAAAAAAUGGCAGUUGGCUUGCAAAUUUCCGAACCUUGGUUACGUGAAUAUCAGGUACUUCCAUCAAGAACUCAUCCAUGUAUGCAGAUGAAUGGAUUUGGUGGGUACAUUCUCAGCGGAACCAAGAUAUGUACCAACAACUGAUUGAUUCUUUACAAGAAAGCAGACAAGAGAAUGGAAGUAUUACGCCAAUGAGCAAAGUAGAAAGAAGCCCUUGACACCAUUAGCCGCGCCACUCACAAAUCCACCAGCUUCCAUUUGUACACUAGUAUUCCAUUUCCAUUUCAUACUGUAAACCUGCAAGUGCUGCAAUUCUUUUUCCCCUGCAGGGUUUGCGUACUGGUGUCUGGUCUAUAUGUAUUUCUUAUAAGCAGUCCCUUUGGCCUAAAACAAGUAAUAACUGUGAUUGUGAACUUAGUUAUAUUUUGCCCUGUAAGAACAUUACCGGCCUCU